AUAUAUUAAUAUGGACAUUUUUGAAUAUAUUUGCAUAUCUGUGAUUACAUUUGUGUGUGGUAUAAUAUGUACACUUGUGCUGGAAUUUUAUUUAUUCAAAAAAUACUUGGAACAAGCACCUUUGGAAAGUACACCAAGAAAAUUAAAACACCAUGGCAAGGCUCAGUUACCUAAAGAGUUACUUGACAAAAUUCAAGAUGAAAAAACAAGUUCCAUAAGCAUAUCACGCCAGGGUAUGUGCCAAGGCAAUGAAAACUUGGCAAUAAAUUUGACAUUGCAAUUUUUGUUUAAUGAACUUAGAAAUGCUGAGAGAGUACGCCUUUGGUUGUACAGAAAAUUAAAUAACGAGUUCAAAGAAUUAUUAACUCAAUCUACCACUGGCAAAUUGCUAGACAGUGUACAGUUAAGAGACUUGAAUCUUGGUUCACAAUUUCCCACAAUAAAGGGUUUAGAAGUUGCAGAUUCAAAAAUAGAUGCUGAUACAGGUUUAUUGGAGACAUUGGAUUUAUCUUUAGAUUUACAUUAUUCUGGAAAUUUUCAAUUAUCAAUAGAUGUUAAAAUGCUACUGGGAAAGACUGCAUAUAUGGCUUUACAAGUGAAACGUAUCAGUGGCAGAGCUAGGUUGCAGUUUACACGUGUUCCAUAUACUCACUGGUCCUUAAGUUUUUAUUCAGAUCCUAUACUUGAAUUGGAAGUACAAUCCCAAUUUCAAGGUCGUCAAUUACAGCCACAGAUCAUUUCUUUGAUCACAGGACAAAUUCGUAGAGCUGUGCGUAGGAAGCAUACACUACCUCGCUAUAAAAUGCGUUACAAACCAUUUUUCCGUAGACUAAACGAUGAAGCAGUAGAUUUAUCCGAAGUUGCCAAUAUACAAUUGACACCAGGUUAUUUGGAGGUAUCACUGGUGGAAGUGACUAGAUUAAAUCUUGGACCUAAUAUACUUAAUGCAGAGGAUAGAUCACAAGUUGAAGUAUAUUGUACAAUAAGCAUAGACUCAACACCUUGGGUAUAUCUGACUCAAUAUACUGGAGUUCCUUAUAUGGUGUUGGACUUAAUUAUUAGUAAAGUUGGUUCUCAGCAACUUGGCGUAGUGUUUAAGCAAGAAUUUGUGCCAGAAGUAGGUCAUGUAUGUGUGUUAGUCGAGACUAUAAUAGUUGGAAGUCCUGCUGCAAUUGCUGAGAUGAAAAAAGGGGAUAUUUUAAUAGCAGUAGAUGGCAAAAAGGUGUCUAACAUGAAUCAAGUAGCUAAAUUUGUAAAAAGUGCGGUGCAGAGGCGUUUUAUCAUAAGGGUCGAAAGAAAAUAUUCUAAAGCAGAUUCAGACAAACAAGCUAGCAUGAAAUUGGAUAGUGAAAGGAUAUCAGCAGAAAGAGGAGUUGAUAAGAAAACAUUAAAAACUGAUUUUAUAUUUAAUAAGGGAGAUACGCCCAGUAGCGAAGACAGCAGGAUCAAAUUUGAAAGCCAAAUAAAAUUUUCGGAUUUAAAGGACUGUGAAAAUGAAAUUUCUGAUAAAUUGGAAAUGAGUAGUAAACUGUUUAGAAGGAGAAAAAGCAGCGCACAUACCGAUGAUACUACUCAGACACCAGACACUACCCCUUCCAGAAAGAUUUCAACUACUUCGAAUCAAUCGAUAAUAUCGAGUAGCUCUCAAUUUUGUUUUAAUGACGAUAACUAUGUAACAAAUAUAUCAGACUUAUACUAUACUACUAAAGAAAAAGAAUAUGCAUCUUUAAUCACGUUCGAAGAAACUAGGUCUUUUCAAAUUGAUUCAGAACUCCAGUACUUAAAUAUAGGAGUGUGGGGUCGUGUAAGAGGAGGAGAAGUUCAAGCAAAGUUAUUAGGAUAUAUUAAUGUUCCUAUGAAAUUAAUUCUGGCACAAUGUUAUACAUCCUCAACUGGUCAUUAUCUUAAAUGCUAUGCUUUAUUACCACCAGAUAGUGCUUCUUUGGCGACAGUACAUCCAAAACUACAAGGAUAUUCAGGAUUCGACCCAACACUUUGUUAUGGUGAUAUUUUAUUAUCUUAUUUAUGGGAGUCUAGUUACCCGAAUCGUCAUAUGACUGGUGAUUCAGGGAAAAAGGAAAGUACAGAAACUGUCAAAACACAACCACCUUUGAGUGAAGAAAUUUCUGAGAAAAAGAUGCACGAUUUUAUUAGAACUCAUUUUCAUAGAGCAACACAUUGCGACUUUUGUACAAAGAAGAUUUGGCUGAAGGACGCGGUGCAGUGCAGAGAUUGUGGUAUGGUGUGUCAUAAGAAAUGUGAAGUUCGUUGUCAAGCAUCAGGAACAUGCGGAGCCGAAAGUAUAACAACAAUUGCAUUGGAAGCAGACGAGAUAGAACCUACUACUGUUAUUGGGGAAUCAGGUCCAGAGAUUUCUCUAACCAGUUGUGAAGAUAAUGUACAGGGUGCAACUAUGAUGGCCAUGAAGGCUAGUAUAGCUAAUACUCUAUUGGGCCUGAAGAAGGCUGGAAGUACCAGUUGCUUGGCCCCACCGGCUUCCGGUACUGGUCUGGCAUCUAGAAGUCUUCCCCCAAGUCCCUGUGCAUCCCGCAAGAAUUCAUUGGUUGGUGGCUUGGGCAUAAGUCCUGAUCUCUUGGAGGGUGCUGAACCUAGCGUCGCAGCUCCUCUAGUAGCUGGCGAUUUGGACGAUGGUCUUAUGUCUAGAGCUAAAGAUACCGGCAAGUUUCUAUACAAACAUUUGGAGCCACUAGAACGCGUUGAAAAAAUCAAUGUCAUGAUGGGGAAGCUGAAAACUGCGCUCGACGCGGAAACUGCCUCAAGAUUGGAAUUAUCACAAAGCGGAGAAAUGGACAGUAUUAAAUUAAUUGCACAAAGCGAUUUACGAGUGCAAGCACUUAGUGUCUUACUAUUGCAUUAUUGCGCUGGAUUGCAACACGCGCAAGAAGCAUUAGACCGAUCUCAGAGAAACAGGGAGUCCCAACAGGCUUAACUUCAAUGAGAAAAUGCCAACAAAACUAUCGAUAUACAUUCCAAUUUCGCGUACAUUCUAUUUCACUUCACUGUCUGUUUAAUACAGAAAUCGUCGAUAACUCUGAUCGAUUAUAAAUAUCCGUUCAGGUAUCUGUAUCAUAUAUAUAUAUAUAUAUACGUACUUACAAUUGUACGUAUUAUAUGGUUGCUUUGAAAUUUCUCUAUAAAUCGUUCAGCGACAUUCAUGUUAAUAGGCCUCUAGAUAAUACUCGUAAAUUUCACCGUGAUACCUUCAUAGUUUACCAGAGAACACCAAAUAUUAAGACUUGUAUUUACAGAUUCUAUGUAUACUCGUAGAGAACAGAGUACAACGUAUACCAGCUGUGUUUACGCAUAGAGUAUUUUCAGCGGUGUAGGUAAAUAGUUGUGUUAUACAAUGAUUAGGAUAACAAAAACGGGAAAAUAGUGUCUUGAGUUUAAGUGUAAGAUAGCGGGUAAUUAGAUAUUUAAUUACAGUAUUCGAUAGUUUUGCGGAACAGAUAUUAUUCUCUUUCAUAUUGAUAUAACGAUUGACCUUCGAUUAUGAAACUUAAAUAAUUCAGAAUAGAUUUUGUUUCUUACUGAAUCAUAUUUUACUUAUCUGUAAGCCGGCUGCAACGAAAUACAUUAAUUGCGACUGAUUUGAAAAAUAUCAACGUUAGUAUUAUCUACAUACGAGUAUGAAUGAAAUACACGAUACGGUAGAAUUCCAUCCAUAGAUAACACGAAUAGAUAACAUCAAGGUAUUGAUAUACACAUAUAUUUCAUGGCUUUAACAAGAUAUUACGACUUAUUGUUAAUAUGUAAAAUAAAUAUAAGAAAAUCAAUAUAGAUUAUUGAACGAGUGUUCAGUGA